AAACAUACAUUUAUGAUUUAACGCAAACCCAAAAAGAGCCUUCACCUUUUUUCUCUUCGUCUUCUUCACCAUCUUGUGGGGAAAAACAAAACUUCUCCGGCCAUGGAUCCUGGCGACCCAACUUCAAUAAUCUUUUCAAAGAUCAGAACUUUCGAACUUGAGAACGCUUCCAGAGUCAUUGACUAUUUUCUCUUGCAAGACAUGGAACAAAGAGAUUUGAUUCGAAUUGCUUUUGGUCCUGACUCUCUCAUACAGACUUUCUGUCAGAAAGCUAAAGUCGAUUUAGGUUUUUCCUCGAACGGUUUCUCGAGACCCAUCAAUAUCCAUGGCCAGUCAUUGUCCUCGUCUUCUCCCAGAAAUGGGUUCUUAGAGUUCUCGAGAAACCCUAGUAACCCUUUGUCUUCUUCGUUAACUUUGAACACACUCAGAGAUAAUAAGCCUAACUUCAAUUCUAGUCCUUUUCGUGAAAGUUCAUCACUUUUUGCCUCUUCUUCCGGCGAUGAGCAGCAGCAACAACAAUUCAGUAACAACUUUCUGUUCACAAACGACGAGGACCCAUUUGCCAAUUCUCACAAGAGGAGUUUCUCUGCUAACGAUGCUUGUUUUGAGUCAGAGGAACCAUGGUUUGGAGGAGGAAAUGGUUGUCAUCAAUUUCCACAAGGCGGUUUAGUUGAUGGUUUUGGUUCCUCUGGUGUCUUUGGAUCGCCGAGUGAGAUGGAUUACAUGCUUGAGGGGAUGAUGAGGAUGAAGUUAGCUCAGCAAAAGAGCAUGGUUGCUGCUCAGUUUAUGGCGGCUUGUGGCUCUCCAAUGUUGCAUAGACACGGAUCAGGACAUUUUGGAGAAGAAUGUGGUAACUAUUUUAGUCAAGGAAGGCAUGAAAGAGAGGAUUCAGUCUCUAAACAGAUUUACUUGACAUUUCCAUCUGAAAGCUCCUUCACUGAUGAAGACGUCUCAACCUAUUUCAGAGAUUUUGGACUUGUGGAUGAUGUGAGGAUUCCAUAUCAGCAGCAAAGGAUGUAUGGGUUUGUAACUUUUGCUAAGGCUGAAACUGUGAGAACCAUAUUAGCUCGUGGAAACCCUCAUUUCAUAUGUGACUCACGUGUGCUCGUUAAACCAUACAAGGAGAAAGGAAAAAUCCUUCAAAAGAGGCAGCAGCAACAACUACACGAGUUGUUGGAGAGAGGGAACUAUUCACCUUCUUCAAGUCCGUCUGGAAAGGACUCGAGGGAACUAUAUGAAUGUCGCUUAGGACCAAGGAUGUUUUCAAAGAAGACACAGGAGAUGUUGCGAAGAAAAACCGAGCAAGCUGAUUUACAACAUGCCAUAGAAGUAGAACUCCAAAGAUGAAGGUUCUUGAAUCUGCAACUACCUGACAUGGAGAAUAAAUAUAUUCACCAUCACCACCAGCGUAGUCCUUCUAUUGGUUCUCCCUCUCAUUUCCCACCUCGAUUCAAUCAUAGUCUUCUCUUUCAAUCAGGAAACAACAACGAAGAAAUCAUGGAAGGCGACAGUGAUAGAAGUGAGAAAGAUCUUCAACAAGUAGCAACCAGCAACGAAGAACGUGGUUACAAUAACGGUUUCUACAAAGGGCAAGAGACGAGUCUGGAGAAUACUCUCCCUGAUAGCUUGUUUGGUUCUCCAAAAAAAUCUGGCGAAACCUACCAAACCGAGUCUGAUACCGAGCAUAAUAAUAAGGAAGCCUCAUCAAAUCAGUUAGCGUAGCAAUGGGCAGAAAGAAGCAUGUGUAUGAAUGAAAAGAAAGGUGUAGAAGACUGAUAAAAGAAUGAAGUAGAAGAGAAGAAUUGUCUAUAUAUAGUAAAAGCUAAGAGGUCACAUGGAACACAAGAGAGAAGGUUAAAGAGAACAGUUUUAGGAUUAUAAUAUCAUCUACAAUAAUAGGAUUUUACCACUAAUCUCAGCAACAUAUGAAUACAGAUCAACACAGUAACUGUAACUCACAAGUAGGUUUCUUUUUGGUAAUUUCUUUUUACCUUAUCGGAUACAACACAGUUACCAUGGUUGUAUGAAAUGCAUGUGUUUUUUCUUAAAGCUCUCUUGACAGGUUGAUACUUUUAAGUUAAAGGUGCACAUUUUAAUUGAACUAAACCGG